UUAUGCUUGUUGGUUCCACGAAGUUAGAGUCGCGAGCAGGGGAAAUUGCAUGCAAAUCCAAAACGGGAGAAUGGUUCAAGACAUUUUGCGGAAAUAAACAAGAUUCCGCGUCAGUCUAAUCAGACACAAACACCAAUCAACAGAAGCAAUUGAAAUAUUUGGAUGGGAUCAUCUUUUCUUCUGCUAGCAACAUGGAUGUUGGACUUCCAUUUCGUUCUAGCUGUGCUGAAACACACCAGGUUGACCUGAGAGUGAUCGUGAAAGAAGAAGAUAUAAAAGAUGAUGUAAAACAGGAGGAAUCUGGUCAUCUGAUUGCAUGUCCAGAUGCAGAAGAAAAGUCUACUUACAGUGCAACACUACAGACAACGGUGAAGAAGGAGGAGGAAGAGGAGGAAGUGCGACAGCUUGGCCCGCUGAGCGUGAUGGUGAAAGAAGAAGAUAUAAAAGAGGAGGAGUAUGGUCAUAUGAUUUCAUGUCCAGAUGAAGAAGAAAAGCGCUUUGCAGAGCUUCACUGUGAAUCUCAAACAGACUGUAAAACUGAAACAGACGUCACAGAGUCACCAAGGUCUACUUACAAUGAAAUGACAACAGUGACGAUUGAAGUGAAGAAAGAAGAGCAGGUGGAGGAAGAGGAGCAUGACCAGCUGGAAAGUGUAUCAGAACACCCGCACAUAAGGCAACAGAAGAUCCAUGGACCGAAUGAUGAACUCAAAGGAAGGCUUUACCACCGCUCAGUCUACAGGAAGAGUUUCACAGCCUAUACUGAACUUGGGAAACGGCAGCAAACACACUCUCGUGGUGUUAAUCAAAGGCAGAGUACUGGCAAAAGCAACAUAAAAAUGCCUAUUGUGGAAAAGCCUUUUCAAAAAUGUCACAUCUUAAAGCCCCUUUGUUAAUACACACUAGAGGGAGGCCUCAUAAAUGUGUCAAGUGUGAAAGAGCUUUUACAAAGCUCUCAACUCUUAAACGCCACAUGUUAAUACAUACUGGAGAGAAGCUUCACAAAUGUACCCAGUGUGGAAAAGCUUUUUCACGAAGUUCAUAUCUUAAAAUCCACAUGCUAAUUCACACUGGAGGGAAGCCUCAUAAAUGUGUCCAGUGUGGAAAAGCUUUUUCAACAAGUUCAGUUCUUAAAAGCCAUUUAGUAAUACACACUGGAGAGAAGUCUCACAAAUGUACCCAGUGUGGAAAAGCUUUUUCACAAAGUUCAUAUCUUAAAACCCACAUGGUAAUACACACUGGAGAGAAGCCUCACAAAUGUACCCAGUGUGGAAAAGCUUUUGCAUACCUAACAUCUCUUAAAAUUCACACUCGCAUACAUACUGGAGAGAAGCCUCAUAUAUGUGUCCAAUGUGGAAAAGCUUUUUCGCAAAUUUCAUCUCUUAAAAGCCAUUUACUAAUACACACUGGAGAGAGGCCUCAUGAAUGUGCCCGGUGUGGAAAAGCUUUUAAACAUCUCUCAAAUCUUAAAACCCACAUGGUAAUACACACUGGAGAGAAGCCUCACAAAUGUGUCCAGUGUGGAAAAGCUUUUACAAAGCUCUCAACUCUUAAACGCCACAUGUUCAUACAUACUGGAGAGAAGCCUCACAAGUGUACCCAGUGUGGAAAAGCUUUUUACACUAAGUUCAUUUCUAAAAACCACAUGCUAAUACACACUGGAGAGAAGCCUCAUAAAUGUGUCCAGUGUGGAAAAGCUUUUUCAACAAGUUCAGCUCUUAAAAGCCAUUUACUAAUACACACUGGAGAGAUGCCUCAUAAAUGUGUCCAGUGUGGAAAAGCUUUUAAUUAUCUCUCAAAUCUUAAAACCCACAUGUUAAUACACACUGGAGAGAAGCCUCACAAAUGUACCCAGUGUGGAAAAGCUUUUACAUACCUCUCAUCUCUUAAAAAUCACAUUCUCAUACAUACUGGAGAGCAGCCUCAUACAUGUGUCCAAUGUGGAAAAGCUUUUUCGCAAAUUUCAGCUCUUAAAAGCCAUUUACUAAUACACACAGGAGAGAAGACUCAUGAAUGUGCCCGGUGUGGAAAAGCUUUUAAACACCUCUCAUCUCUUAAAAAACACAUUCUCAUACAUACUGGAGAGAAGCAUCAUACAUGUGUCCGAUGUGGAAAAGCUUUUUCGCAAUGUUCAACUCUUAAAAGCCAUUUACUAAUGCACACUGGAGAGAAACCUCAUGAAUGUGCCUUGUGUGGAAAAGCUUUCAAACAUCUCUCAGAUCUUAAAACCCACAUGUUAAUACACACUGGAGAGAAAUCUCACAAAUGUACCCAGUGUGGAAAAGGCUUUUUACACAAAUUUACACUAAAUAGACACAUGAAAAUCCACAUCGGAGAGAAGUCUUAAGGCUUCUGCAUACUCGACGCACCCUACCGGUAGCGCGACAAUGUGACAUCAAAAUGACGUAGAUCUCUCUGGCGCGCCAGGAUUUUGGCCGGGUAGCACACGGUAGCGCACCACUCUAUUUUCUUCAGCUGAGUGCGACAAACCGGAAACCGGAAGAUGGACUAGUUUGAGGGCAAGCGAGAGUUGCAGUGUUUUGUUACAGUCGUGAACUUUUUAAUAGUUUGCUGGAUAAGUUAACAAA